AUGGCGGUGCACGCCUUUCGCAAGGUGCAAAGCGACCUGGAACGUCAGGAAGUGGCGCGCAUGUUGCACGCCUGGCGAGAGCUCAAGAUCUUCGAUGCUAAGGUUCUGAGUUCCAUCGCCAGCACUUUGAGAUCGAACCAGGCGCACUCGCACAUCUUGGAUGAGGCGGACGAGGAUGAUGCGGACGAGGGAGCGCCGGCCACAGCGGUUCCAGCUGCGACGACUGGGGGCGGCCUGAAUUCCACGCCGAGCCGAACCGCCACAGGUGAAGCCACGGCCAAGAAAGCCAAGGUGCCCAGCACUGGCGCCCCGCCACCUCGCGCCCCGGCUGCGAAGCCAGCGCCAGCGGCGCCCAAGGCGCCUUCAGAGAAGGUGCUGAGUACCAUCAGCAGGAUUUUGACGGUGCCCUUGGAGCGGCCCUUCGAAUUGCUGGGGCUCAAAGCCGACUGCAAGGCCUCCGAGAUUCGAACGGCCUAUCGAAAAAUCGCCCUGCUGAUCCACCCAGAUAAGAAUCCAGGCUCUGAAGCGAAGUGCAAAGAGGCCCUGAUCAAACUACAGCAAGGCCGAGAACAGGCAGAAAGUGAUCUGCAAAUGCGCGCGAGUGGUGGCACCAAAAAAGCGGCCUUCAGCGAUGUGAUGGAUCUGGGGGAGGCAAAGCCUUCGAACAAGUGCCAGUACCCAGGUUGCGACCUGCCUCCCUGCAAGCAGUGCCCAAAUCGCUGUUGCACACGAAACAUCACACACUGCCACAUGCUGGCGCGCAGCAAAGGCGGGCUGCACUGCUUCUUCCAUCCGCCACCGCGGUCCUGGGCCCGCAAUGCGGUGGAGAUGGUGGAGUGGCAUGCACGGCAUGAAGUGAUGCCGGCAGAAAUGGGAGGACAAGGCGGAUUCAAAUUUGACAGGACCAUGACUGCGGGUGUUGCUGGGUGGACUGUAGCGGAGGGGAAUCCAAGGCUGCCAGGAAUCAUCGAUGGCCUCUCCACAUUUCGUUCAGAGCUGGCUGCCAAGCAGCAACAGCUCUUGACCAAGCUGGACAUCGAGUUGGAGAAGGAGAACGCAGCCACCGACGUGCCCGAGGUGGAAGGAGUUUUCCACAGCGUGGAAAGCAGCUUGCCAUCAGUGGCAGAACUGCGGAAGAAGAAGAUGCCAUGGAUUCACAAGCAGGGGUCAAAAAUGAUGUGCGAGGAAGAGGGCAAUCAAUCCCGGGCCUUUUCGCAGUUGAAUCCGGAGUAUGCCACCAAUCGCUUGAGGCAUGCGGCCAUUGAUGAGAUCCCAUCCGCAGAGGUCUUCAGGAAAGGUAGCAAAUGGACUCAGAUCGUGCAGCACAACUGGUUUGAGCGAAUUGGUUUGGGCAUGAUCUACUUGAAUGCCCUGUGGAUCGCUAUUGACAUCGACUACAACAAGGCCCUGGUCAUCAUCGACGCGGCGCCAGGUUUCAUCGUGGUGGAAAUCGUUUUUGGCAUCUACUUCUCCACCGAGCUCUUCUGCAGAUACAUGGCGUACAUCACCACCAAGCUGGCGUUCAAGGACGCGUGGUUCGUCUUUGAUCUCCUUCUCGUGUUCAUCAUGGUCACAGAGACUUGGCUCAUGCCGCUGAUCAACUCAGUCAUCGAAGGCCUCGCGGGGGCGGGCAGCGGCUUCGGACGCUCCGCCUCAGUGCUGCGGGUGCUGAAGGUGCUGCGGGUCCUGCGGACGGCGCGGAUUGUCCGUGUGGCACGCUACAUGCCCGAGCUGAUGAUCCUCAUCAAAGGUCUGCUGGUGGCUGCACGAUCAGUCUUCUUCACGCUGGUCUUGCUACUGCUGGUCACCUAUAUUUUCAGUAUUACUUUCACCCAGCUGAGUCAAGACACGCCACUCAGUGAGCUGUUCCCGAAAGUGCCCACUACAGUAUUGGAGUUGGUCCUGCAGGGAGUGAUUCCAGACCAGGCAGGUUUCUUCACACAGGUAGCCAAUGAGAGUCCCCUCAUGGGCGCCAUGGUCUUGGUGUUCAUUAUGGUUGGCUCCCUGAUAAUCAUGAACAUGUUGGUGGGUGUCUUGGUGGAAGCCGUUCAGACCGUGGCCAGCUGUGAGCACGAGCAGAUCCACAUUGACUUCGCGAAGCGGGUGCUCUUCGAGAUGAUUGACCAAGAAGGAGCGGAUGAGAAUGGUGACAAUCUGAUUUCUGAGGAAGAGUUCGAAACGCUGAUGCAAAAACCUGAAGCCGUGGUCGCCCUGAAUCGCCUUGGGGUGGAAGUCUAUGCGGCCCUGGAGUAUGGAAAGCUGCUCUUCGAGGACGGGCAACCGUUGACCUUUGGCGAGUUCUUGGAGGGCAUGUUGAUGCUCCGUGGUUCCAAUCAGACCACCGUGAAGGACAUCGUGACAUUGCGCAAGUUCACUGCCGACGAGUUCUCGCAUUUGCACACGGUCCUGGAGGAUCUCUUUAGGCACUUGUCAUUCAAACCAGGCCACACGCGCCCGGAGCCACAGAUCAUGCCGCGCUCCAAGUCGUCGCCCGUCACGGCGAUCCGCGGAGUGGAUGAAGUCUGA